AUGUACAAGCAAAUCCUUCUCUUCAUCGCUUUGAUUGCAUCGGUGGCUGCAUUCGCUCCUCAAACCAUUGGAGUACGCGACACAAACACCGUUUGCUUCGCCAAACACGUGAAAGACAAGGCUGCUAAAUGGGCCAAGGCCAAGCGCCCCCGGAAGUCCCGUCCUUCUGACAUCAAUCGCACUCCAACAAUUUACGAGAUCCACUCUUUCCAAAAGCCCGCUGAAUACUCGAUAUCCGAUGAACCCGCUUCCCCAAUGCCCAAGCCCGAGAAAUAA